AUGCUGAUCAGGGCUGGUAUUGGAAAUAUUGCACUUGUUGGGAGACCUUUCAAAUUGGCGGCCGUGCGCGGUCCUCUUGGCAGGAAGAUUAUUCUCGGAUUCCCGUCGAGUGCAGCUGGCACCAUAUUUGUGCGAGCGAAGAGUGACAAAAAGCGCACCACAAUUCCUACACUAUCCGAAAUUCGUGAAAGUCUAUACACCAUCCCCAAUGCGUUGACUUUCACCAGACUCGUUGCUGCGCCAGUUGUCGGGUAUUUGGUGGUUUCUGGACAGACUGCUUGGGCUCUGGGUCUUUUUGCAUAUUCCUGUGUGACAGAUUUCGUUGACGGGUUUAUUGCCAGACGUUACAACCUACGAUCGAAGGUCGGCUCAAUUAUUGACCCAAUGGCAGACAAGGCACUCAUGGUGAUAUGCACUGCCUGCCUAUCCCACAUUGGUACGGUGCCGUUGUAUUUGGCAGCACUCAUACUAGGCAGAGACAUAAUGCUGCUACUGGCCGGCAUUGUGGUUCGAUACAUUUCGUUGCCUGCUCCAAGAACAUUCCGACGGUAUUGGGACUUCUCGCUGAUCACAGUCGAGGUGCGCCCUACAACAAUUAGCAAGAUCAACACCGCGCUCCAGAUGGCAUAUUUGGGUGGCCUGAUGCUGAGUCCACUUAUAGAUCUGGGCGCGAACCGUUUGGAGUACCUCGUGGCUGCCACCACUGUGCUGAGCGGGUUGUCCUACAUAUUCAGCAAAAACGCAGUGCGCAGAAUUGCCAGGAAAUAG